AUGGAGGGUGGACGAACAGGGAAAAGGAAGAGCGCAGGGUUCACUGACAUAUACCCUGAGACUGUCAGCUCCACAGCUGGGGUGCUGGCAAAGUUUUGGAUAAAGGUGACUUGUAGGUCAAGACAGAGAGAUGCCAGUGGAUCCUCUUCUUGCCUUCCAGAUGUGGAAGAUCCCCUCUACAAGAAGUUCUCCAAUGUACCAGAACAGGCUAGGGUCUCUCCGGCUGCACCUUCCUCCCUUCACACAGCUGCCACCCCUACCAGGAGACGUCACCGGACUACCUUCAGCCAGGACCAGCUAGAUCACCUGGAGGCAACAUUUGCAAAAAACCAUUACCCUGAUAUUUACUGCCGAGAGGAGCUGGCCAGGGCUAUCAAACUCAAUGAGGCUCGCAUCCAGGUUUGGUUCCAGAACCGGCGAGCCAAGCAGCGAAAGCAGGAACGAGCGCUUCCCAAACCAGGCACCCCUGGUAUCCUCUGUCCCCUGCCUACACCCCCACCUCGACAGUACCAAUAUCCCCCCACUCUUGGGUCACAUCAUCACCUGCCUCGCUUUCCCUCCACCUACACUCUGCCACCCCCACCUCCCCCUGCUACUUCUGCUCAGUUUUCCUGUCCUGCCGCCCACCACCCUCAACCCUCCCAUGCUCACGAAGACUGGUACAGCCCUCUGCGCUCCAUUGGCUCCCCCACAGCUGCUCCGCCACCUCCUGUGCUCUCUCUGAGUCUUGACCCCAGCACCCACUGGAACUAAGAGCUCUUUCUCUGCAGCAGAUUG